GGUAUUUGAUGGUAAUGAGCGGUAUCGGAUGUGUAGUUGGCCCUACACUGGCUGGUUAUCUAUACGAUGUCACCCAGGAUUAUUCGUAUUCUUUUUACCUCGCAGGUAUACUUUUUAUGAGCGGGUCCUUCUCGAUACUAGCCAUUCCAGUUCUAAAAAGCAGACGACAGCAAACGCAAGAGAAACGAAAUGCUGUGACGCCAUUAGAAUCUUCCCGCCAAGGAACCGCCUUUCCUUACAGUGAAUCACAUAUGUAACGACGGCAUUUUUAUUUUUGAUCAACUUGGGAAACUCAGACACAGA